AAUUUAAUUACUCGUGCGUGAUUGGAACAUGGAUGCGUUUUAAACAAUGCGCGGAUCCACAGCGAUGUCGAUUAAUUAAAGAGCGAGAAGCUUAAACAGCUUCGUCAUACGUGACGCGCGUGUGUGUUUCAAUUUUCUUUGAAUAGAGAGCACUCUUCCUCCGCCGGCGAUCGAAGGUAAUUUGAUCGGGCGCCUCCGAGAUCCAGCUCCGGAAUCCCCGAAAGAAACUCAGAGGCGCGAGUUAUUGAUCAACUCUGGCCAGCGCCAGACAGAGAAGGAGAGAGAAGGAGAGGGAGAGGGAGAGGGAGAGGGAGUGAGAGGAGAUCGUGCACGACGGGGAGCCGUGAGUGACGGGGAGGGGAGGAAUAAACGUGUGAAGCGGAGAGGGGGAAAAGUGUCGUGCGCGAGUAUAUGAAAAAGGGGAAAAAGGGGGAAAAAACGUGGAAUCAAGAAGAAGGGGGGAGAUUGAUCGUGACACAGGGGGGGGAGAAGAAAAUUUCGAGGGAGGAGAUAAUCGAGAUAGCGUACAAUAGUUGGGCAGUGACGAAAGUGUCGAAUGAAUUUUUCGUGUCGGGGAGAAGGUUGCUCGGUGAUCGGAUGUAUAACUGAAGAAAGGAAGAAAGGAAGGCUUUUGGGUUCCUUUCCUUCCAUGGACAAGCGCGGUAGAAGAUAAUCGAGCGCACCUCGAGCCAGGACCGCCGACAUCCAAGGGGGUCCAACGCGUUACUUUCCUCGGGAUAAUGCGAAGCCUGGAGAGGUUAUCGGGUAGCGAUCAAGACUGUGAUCAGGAGAUGUAUAUCGACCUGGACGACGCUUCCGUCGACUCGCUUACCGGAAAACGAAGUCGCCAUCAUGUCGUCGGCGCGGAGGUGGGCGAGGAGAGCGACAGCAGCGGGAGCGAAAGAAGCCCUAAACAGGCUAAAAGAAGGAAUCGUGGUGGUCCACCGACGACGAGGAGGCGAAAAAGCGGGAUCUCUGCGCGGGAAAGGAACCUGAGGAGGCUCGAGAGCAACGAGAGAGAAAGAAUGAGAAUGCAUUCCCUAAAUGACGCUUUCGAGCAACUACGCGAGGUGAUACCGCACGUAAAGAUGGAGAGGAAACUCAGCAAAAUAGAGACGCUCACGUUGGCCAAGAAUUACAUAAUGGCCCUGACAAAUGUCAUAUGCGAAAUGCGUGGGGAGGAGCAACCGUACACAUUCGUCGAUGGCGAAUGUGGCUCCAGCAGUGGCGACAGCACAGGCCAAUUAGAAUUAAGCGGCGGUGAGCAACCGGAAGAGGCAUCACCAGCAUCGAUGCACGAAACCAACAAUAAUAGUCUGCUCCACGAAGAUUUAGAGCGUAGGAUACCAUAGCUGGUCUAAUUGCGCCCUCUACAAUCUGAUCGAUCCUCUGUUGAUAAAUACCAAUUCGAUGAAGCGUGAACUUCAUUCGAGAACCGUCUUCCCGAAACGAAUAAAAUAAACAGAAGAAUCAGCCACUGAUUAAAUUUAUAAAAAAUAAAUGAAGGAGAGAAAAAAAAAAGAGAGAAAUAACAAUGACAAGAGAAAAAAAAUAAAAAAGAGAAUAGAAAACUUCAUCGAACUUAAGAAGGAGAAAUGAGAAUACUGAACAGAGAAUCAUCGUUGUCGAAAUGGUCGUUAAAAUAGCCACUUGAGAUUUAUUGAAGAAGAUGCAAUUCGGCUUUUACGAAAUGAUCCGUCCCAAGGUCGACCUCUGGAGAUCUUUCGAAGGCCAACAAGGUGCGAGGUUGACAGAGAAAGAGAAAAAGACUGACUUUACGGCCAAUUCGGCUGGAGAAUUCUCUGCUUCUUUUUUUUUUUUUUUCAUCUCUGUCGCGAAUUAUAUUUUUUUUCUUCUCCUUUUUCCGAUGAUAUCGUUACCUUGAAACAUCUCGGAUGUUUCGAUUACAUAGUCGGACACCGAUAUAAAAUGGCUCACACACAUAUCGAUUGUCGCGAUUUCGUAUUUUAAGUGUAUCAGUCAUGUGCCAAAGGUAUUCGAACAGAAAUUGGAAAUAAUGAUAUAUCGGCGGGGAUAACUCGGUCGAUAAAGAAGCGAUCGAAGCUACAAAAACUCGCAAUUCAAACGAUUUUUUUUUAAAAGAAGAUGAUAAUCGAAGAAAGAAAAUUCUCGUGAUGGAUUGGCCAAAAUUUGAAGCAUCUCGAGGUCGACGCCGUAAAAUCGGAUCGCAUUGACAACGAUAAAUGAUCAGUGUACGACUCGAUGAAAACAAAGUGUGUGAGAAACUGUGAUAGAAUUUCGUAUUAGAACCUCGUUGCACAUUGUCCCGCGCGUGACAUCGUGCUUAAAUACUUUUAUUUUUUUUUUUUUUUUCUUUCUUUGUGGUAAUUGUCUUACGGUCUGCAAAUUGGACAGGAAACAAUGGAAAUGCUCGUCAGACCGGAAAUGGCCGUCUCCGAAAUGAGAUGACCGAUUGAGAUGAAACGACACGACAAUCGCUGUUCCAACAACGUAGAACGACAACGAGAAAAAAUUAUGGAAAUGAUUGCAGCGAAGAAAUUAUCUGGCUCGUUUUAACGCGAUUUAAACAUCAAACGGAAAUACAAAAAUUGAAAAUUAUUGUUUGAUUUAAAAUAAUCUACAAAAAAAAUUUAACAUUUAAAUAAAAUAAAGUGAAAGAAAUGUCUUAUGAUAAUACAUCGACAAGUUACAGAUUAUAGGUUAGAAACUUUUUUUACUAAGAAAUUUUAUAAUUUCUUCAUGUAUACAUGAAAAUAUUUUCUUAUCUCGUAUUAAGUAAAAGUAUAAAAGUCUAACAAAGUAUAUACUAUACAAAUAUUAUAAAAA